AUGGCUCGUCAGCCAGAGACAAGGGGCCAAAUAAAAUUGUUGAUGGCUGAUCGCAAAGGCGAAGAAGUUGUCAUCACACGUACGUUACAAACAACACAGAAGGCAAAAAAUUUGCAAUUGAAAACACUGGAUCCAGUAAUUCAUAGGAAGAAGUCUAGUGGUGAAGUUGUACAGGUUGGUGGACGGUGCAUUGAUGUAAAUUUAGAAAUGUCUCAUGUUUUUGGUGUAUCAAAAGCUGUUCUGAGCAAUGUUAUAUUUUGCCAUCAAGAAGAUUCUAACUGGCCAAUGGAUGAGGGAAAGAAACUCAAGGAGAAGUUUGAUUCCAUAUUCGAUGCAACAAAACUUAAUAAAUGUUUGGAACACAUCAGAGAUCUUAGGAAAGCAGUAAAUACAGAAAUCAGCACUGAUGAGAAACUUCUGAAAUCACAACAAGAGAUAAAAGAUGAGACUGUUUCAAAAAAGAAGGAUUUACAAGAGGCAGAGAGUCGUCUGGCAGUAACUCAGGACAAAAUAGAUAACUUGAGCGAUAAACUAUCACCUUUGCUAGAAAAACUAGAUGAAAUUGUGUGA